AUGGGAAUCGUUCAGAAAGGCGACAAGAUCCACGUCCCCGCCAGCGAGCUGCUCGGCACCAAAGUCACUGUCGAGUGGCAGCAGAACCUGGGCAAGCGUUCCCAGGACUACUACUCAGUCACCUUCGUCAACAAGAGCCAAGGAGACGAGAAGAGCCUCCUCUUCAUCUCCACCAGCUAUGUCGACUCCUUCAAGAGCAAGAAGGUCUCGGGCGCCGGCUGGUUCGACUGGCUCAUGUUCUGGAGGACGCCCGAGGGUGACUACACCGUCAUCGUGGACGACUCGUUCCAGUACGGCCAGAACUCCGACAAGUCCUCGCGCUGGCUGGCGUACCAUGACAAGAGCAUGAAGGCGUAUCAGUGGCGAUUCGUUGCGAGCAUGAAGUCCAUGGCUGGGAGUGAGUUGGCGAAUAUCGGUGGUGGUAUUUUCGAGGCGGAGACUCACGUCGAUGUCAGUGCUCUGGCUGGGAUGAUUGGUGAUCCUCUUCAUGACUUCUAG